CUACCAGCUGCAGGAGGAGGUGCUCGGGGAAGGCGCCCAUGCUAGAGUCCAGUCCUGCAUCAACCUCAUCACCAACAAGGAGUACGCCGUGAAGAUCAUUGAGAAGAGCCUUGGACACAUCCGGAGCCGGGUAUUCAGGGAGGUGGAGAUGCUGUACCAGUGCCAGGGACACAGGAAUGUCCUGGAGCUGAUCGAGUUCUUCGAAGAGGAAGAUAGAUUCUACCUGGUAUUUGAGAAGAUGCGAGGAGGCUCCAUCCUGACCCACAUCCACAGGAGGCGCCACUUCAAUGAACUGGAGGCCAGUGUGGUGGUGCAAGACAUUGCCAGUGCCCUUAACUUCCUGCACAACAAAGGUAUAGCGCACAGGGAUUUAAAACCAGAAAAUAUUCUCUGUGAGAGUCCCGACCAGGUUUCCCCUGUGAAGAUCUGUGACUUUGACCUGGGAAGUGGCAUCAAAUUAAAUGGCGAUUGUUCCCCUAUCUCCACCCCUGAGCUGCUCACACCCUGCGGCUCUGCCGAGUACAUGGCUCCCGAGGUGGUGGAGGCCUUCAAUGAGGAGGCUUCCAUCUAUGACAAGCGUUGCGACCUGUGGAGCCUGGGCGUCAUCCUGUACAUCAUGCUGAGCGGCUACCCGCCCUUCGUGGGGCACUGUGGCACCGACUGCGGCUGGGACCGCGGCGAGGCGUGCCAUGCCUGUCAGAACAUGCUCUUUGAGAGUAUCCAGGAAGGGAAGUAUGAAUUUCCUGAUAAGGACUGGGCCCACAUUUCUUUUGGAGCCAAAGAUCUAAUUUCCAAGCUGCUGGUUAGAGAUGCCAAGAAACGGCUCAGCGCGGCCCAGGUCCUCGAGCAUCCUUGGGUGCAGGGGUGUGCUCCAGACAACACGCUUCCAACCCCCAUCAUCUUACAGAGGAACAGCAGUGCCAAAGAACUCACCUCCUUCGCCGCUGAAGCCAUCGCUGUCAACCGUCAGCUGAUGCAGCACGAUGAAGACGAGGAGGAGGAGGAGAUGCGACCAAUCAUAAUCAAAGCUACCUCAUGCUCCAUGCAACUGUCGCCCCCUUCGGAAUCCAGGCUGGCCAAACGGAGGCAGAAGAGCAGCAUGACGAAGGCGGGGGCUGCGAGCCAGCACCUCGUUGCUCCGUUAGUCCUGGUGGGCGAUCACGCGUGAUCGCCUGCUUGCUGUGGCCCCCCCACCCACUCCCUGUACAUAUAUAUGUGCUGUAUACGGGCGUCGUCCUUUUCUUUUUUUUUUAAAUGCCGUUGUUAGCUAGCAACAAGAUCAGGACUCUGUCCUAUUGGCUGGUUUCCAAGGUUUCACUGAUCUUGUAAGUUCCUUUGUUUUGUUUCUGUUUAAAAACUUUUUUUUUUUUUUAUUU